AUGUCGUUUCUACAUUCGCACUCUUCUGAGUGUGUGAAGUCGGAGCUGGACCAAUUUACCACACCUCCUACUCAAACAAGUAUGGAAAAUUCGCAAUUUGUUUAUUACAAUCGUGUCUCUACGCUAUCAGACGAUGCCCCUAUUGAAUUCAUCGUACCAGGCCAUGGAGAAGAAUUUAUUGAUUUGGCGCACACCAUGAUCAAAGUUCGCGCCAGAAUCCUGAAACCCGAGGGCACUGCUGCUGUAGACGACUCUGUUGGUCCUGUUGUUACGCCUCCAAAUAAUCUGUACGUCUAUAGUGCAUACAUUGAAACAUUGCUAAACUAUGGAACACAUGCAAAGUCCUCCCAUCUUGGAAUGUCUCUUUGGGCUAUGGAUAGCUAUGGUGCAAUGGAUUCUACUGCUGUAGCGACGGGUGAUGCGAGAAACAACAAUGGGUUAGCUGCACGUCAGGCAUUUACUAUAGGUGGAACAACAUUUGAUCUACUGGGAUAUUUACAUUGUUCCGUGUUCAAUCAAGAUAAGUUUUUGAUCAAUGGCGUAGAGCUACGCGUUCGUCUUAUCCGUGCAAAGGAUGACUAUUGCCUUAUGGACGAUACUGCCCAGAAUUAUAAGUUGCAUAUAGAAGAAGCCUCCUUGAUAGUUCGCCGUGUGAAACUCAGCCCUGGAAUUUUGAUAGCUCACGCUAAAACCCUUGCAAAGACAACUGCGAAAUAUCCUUUGACACGGGUGGAGGUCAAAUCUUUUGUUCUCCAUAGGGGGAUUAUGGGAGAGACAAUAGACGAUGCGCUUUUGGGACAGCUGCCUAAAAGAAUCAUACUGGGAUUUGUUGAAAAUGCCAGUUUCAACGGAUCGAGGAAGAAGAAUCCCUUCAACUUUCAAAAUUUUGGGAUAAACUUUUUAUGCCGAAUGUCGAUGGACGUCAAGUACCUACAAAACCUCUGCAGCGAAGUUUCACCUCUGGCGUCUGCCUAG